AGUCAUCCUGCUCACACCCGAGUCACAGUACAACGGCAAAGGCAGAGGUUGGGAGGAGCAUAACUUUGUCUAUGUCUCGGCACCUUCAUACAGUAUAUGGAUAUAUUGUCCCUAUUGGCUCAGGCUUGUACAGUAGAUGUAGAAAAAAUGUAACCCAGGAAAUGAAAUGGUGCGAGUGCUGUAAAGAUGCAUCUUCUGCUCAAAUUUGCAAAAAUACCUCGGAUGACACCCCUGAAGCAACCUUACAGCAGUCCAGGAACCUCCAAACAAGUACAGAGAAUUCCGCUGAACAGUGCCAUUCAGAGACUUUGUCACAGACAGAUGAAUCGACAACAUAUACUUUGUCACAAGAAUCUAGCUGGAGCACUUCCUUAGAAGGACAAAUACACCUCACAGAUGGAAUAGAAAAUCUGAACAACACCUUGAUGUCUCUAAGUGGUGGCCAAGUAAGCCCAAUAAAGUUUCAGCUGAAAACUCCAUUGAGGGAGGUCCAGUCUAGCACAAGAAGAUAUUUAAAAAGGAAGGCCAAGGAGGUAGUGCAUACAGUUCUCAAUCAUUUGGCUCCAGGACAAUCCAGUGAUAUGUUCCAGUUACUUUAUGAAGACAACUGUCAUGAGGAUACAGAGCAAAGUGAUAAAACAGAACUUGAAAUCACUGAUACAAUUCUUCAACUCUAUUGUGAAGCUGAAAACAAUGCUCUCAAACGUCAACUUCUGUCCCUGCUGUCCUUGCCGAAUGCACAUAGUAAAUCGAAACUUCAGAAACUCAUUCCAGGACUUACAAAGUGGGAAAUUGAUCAAAGUCGAGCACAUGCUGCAUCUCAUGGAGCAGGUUCUUUACCAGGACCUAUGGAACCAGGAUACCAGAAUCGCAUGAACAAAGAAAAGCUGGAGCAUGCUUUAUCUUUUUUCUUGGAUCCAAAAUUUCAUCAAAUUUGUUCAUAUGGAACAAAAGAUUUGCAUUGUGACAAUGGACAGACUGUCACCAUACCCCAAGUAGUGAGAACAACAUGCCACUCCUCUCUCCUACAAAUGUACAAGUCAUACUGCUCUGAAACAGGUUUUGUUCCUUUGUCAGAUUCUACUCUCUACAAAAUUCUGUCUACAUGCUCUGCAAGUAAGAGAACCAACCUAACAGGUCUAGACAACAUUGCCACUGAUGGUGCUGCAGCUGUAGAUGACCUAAUAAAAAUGUGUGACCAAUUUAAAGGAUUAGGAUCUGAAACAAAUACAGUUGCCAAUCUCACCACUGCCUUAAAAUCCCUAAAGAUGUACCUCAAGUCAGAAUAUAAAUUUAGCGUGGGACUAUCUAGUGGAUGCCAAGAUCAUUGUUUGAAGUUUGCUUUGAGUCACCCAACCAAUGUGCUGUUGCAGGAAGAAUGUGAUCAUUCCCAUGAAGAAAUUUGUGGAAAAUGCAACAUCCUCAAUGAAAUAAACAGUGCCUUGUUUAAUGAAAUCCAAAAUACAGUAUCAGAACAUCUGACGUAG